AUGGAAAAGGAUUUGCUGCCGUCCACUGCUGCGGAGCUGGAAGGUACUGCAGAGAUGGAGGGUGCUGCGGAGACUCAGAGCCGGGUGAAGAUCAAGGAGUUGAUGCCGUUCACGGAGGUAGAGCCCCUCACCUUGGGAGUGGAGGAGGUUUUUGACAUCCUGCCGCUGUACGGUGUGCUGCAGCCGGGCGAGAGCCAGCGGGUCACAUUCACCUUCUUUGGCCACGCAAACAUCGUGGCCAGCGUCACGGCACUGUGCAAGGUGGAGGGAGGCCCGACCUAUGAGAUCGCGCUGAGUGGGGAGGCUUCGCUCAUUGACUACCUCCUAGACACCACGGAGAUCGACUGCGGGCUGAAGCUGUUUAACAAAGUCACCAAAGCAGAGGUCACCCUGCAGAACAGCGGCAAGGUGGGCUUCACCUUCGCGGUGCUCAGCCCCAGCGCGGCCACUGCCAACAGCCCUCUGCCCGGCGUGCCCCUGGUCGUGCCCAGCACGAACCUGCCUUCUCUUCUCAGCGUGUCUAUCGUCUGA